AUGGAAGAUGAUGAAAGGGAAUCACGAGAGUAUUUAAUACAUUUGGCAAUACCACGGACAUUCCGGGUCAGAACAGAUCCGCUGGAGAUUUUGAACGAUGCGGAAUUUCGAGAAAGAUUCCGUUUAACGCGAAGAGGAUUUUAUGCCCUCUAUUCAAUUUUGAAAGAAGAACUUUCUCCUCCCACCACAAGAAGUGCGUCUAUCUGCGGUGCUCAUAAACAGGCCAUUUUUUUAGAACAUCUGGGCAGCGCCAGUUUGCAGGUAGCAGGUAUCAUGCAGACGACAAACGAGUGUAUAAGCAGAACAACAGCUCUCACUCUGGGCUGUUCUCAGCCCAGUGUUUCACGUAUCAUCGCUGAAGUCUCUGAUGUAUUGUAUCGGAAACGAAAAUCUUUUAUUUUCUGGCCAGAUAAUUCGGAGCAAAAGAAAAUGGAGAGAAGAUUUUUCGAAAUAUGCGGCAUUCCUAAUGUUGUGGGAGCGCUUGAUGGGUCACAUAUCAAAAUAAUUGCUCCUAGUGAAAGCGAAGAUUGUUACGUGAAUAGAAAAGACUAUCAUAGUAUAAACAUGGCCGGUAUAUGUGACUUGGACCAAAAAUUUCUGUGGAUCAGCGCAAAAUUCCCUGGGAGAACUCACGACUCGAGGGUGUUUCGAUCUAGUAAAAUUUACAUGGAUUUUUUGGAAGGACGAAAAAAAGGAAUUUUACUAGCAGAUAGCGCCUAUCGCUCCGAGCGUUUUCUUCUUAAACCAAUUCUAAACGAACAAAGAACAGCAGCAGGUAUAGGAUGUGAAGCUCGGUAUACUGACGCACAGUGUAGAGGACGCGUAAUAAUUGAAAAUGCGUUUGGAUCUCUAAAACGCCAAUUUCAAGCCCUUCACAAUGAACUAAGACAUAAACCUACAAGAAGCGCAAGAAUUAUAAUAGCAUGUUGCUGCUUGAGAAAUUUUGCUAUUCAAAUGAGGGAGCCGAGCUUCACUGAAAGUGAAUCAACAACACCGCAAUAUCCCGAAGCCGGCUCGUUAGAGCCGGAUGUUCCAGAUUCGGUGAGCAGAAACGAUCUUCGCAGUUACAUAGUAGACCGUUACUUCAGUUAA